AAAAGAAAAUAAUAUGUAUGUAUAAAUAAAAAGCCACAUGAUCCAAGAAGCGCAUGAUCCCAGAAAUCCUCUCUCAAAGUUAACCAAUCUACCGACUAAAGAGACAUUCCUUCUUUAAGAAACACACCAGCCAUGUGCAUCUGUUUUUCUUUUAGCCCUUCUCACCAGGGCAUGUUUUAACUGAAAUGGUGGACAUUAAACUCUUUGGGUUUGGAAUGAAUAAAUGGGUUCUUUGUUUUUUUAUAUAUUAAUUUUCAUAUCUAGGUUGUCGGCUCCUGAACGAAAACCAGAUUGUGCCUCUCGAGGCAUUUGCUUCCUAAACCUCCUUCAUUGCACCGACACAAUGGAUUAGCCUAUGAGACUAAUUCCACACCAGCCGUCGCCCUUAACGGCACCCCAACCCCUCCCCCUCCCAAUCUCAUGCACCUUUCCAAGGCCCCAUAAACCAUACAUGUGCCCUUAUAACUCUAUUGACAUUCUUUGGUUUUCUUCACUUGAAAGUUGAAAGUUGAAAGUUGAAACCCUUCUCUCUCUUCUGCAAAUUAGUUUUCUUUGAUGAAAGCUAAUGCAGUCAAGGUAACCGGUUAUGGAGAGAGGAUGGAAGCCUAGAAUGGAGAUAUCACCAAAUUGUCCAAGAUGUGGUUCUUCCAAUACCAAAUUCUGUUAUUACAACAAUUAUAGCUUAACACAACCGAGGUACUUCUGUAAAGGUUGUAGAAGAUAUUGGACUAAAGGAGGGUCACUUCGGAACGUGCCAGUCGGUGGUGGUUGCCGGAAAAACAGAAGAGGUAAGUCCUUAAGGUUACCAACGGAUGGUGCCCAAACAAAGAGUUCGUCAUGUGAUUCAUUUGGGCAUUCUUAUGCCUCUACUGAAUCUAAUAGCUCCUCAUCCAUGUCUGAUGGCUCUCAUAUUGAUCUUGCACUUGUUUAUGCAAACUUCUUGAGUAAUCAACAACCGGAAAACAAGUCCGGUUUCGAGGUCCCAGAGUUGCGAACAGAGUUCGAUUCUUCUCUAGAGUUAUCGAGAAUAUUGAACACAAACAUGGCAUCAAGUAUUCAGCUGCCAGAAGAAAAUGGUCUCGAUUUGUCUACGGAAAACCAUUUGAGCAACAAUGGACAAAUAUACUGCUCUGGUGGUAACUAUGGGUUGCCGCCAUUGCCAGGUGAUGAUUUACCAUGGCCGAAUUCUCAAUCCACCAUGAGUCCAUCCUUGCAAGCAACACAAGAACCAGUCCUUGAACCCGAAACUCAUGAUCCCAAUCAACUGUUUGGUAAUUGGAAUCCAUUUGAUUUGUAUAGUGAUGAUACUUUCUCCAGGACUUGAUCAUGGAAAAUUUAAUGCAUGUGCACUAGCCUCAGCUAUAUAUCACUGUUUCUUUCUUAUAUUUAUGUAUAGAAUCAAAAAUAUUCGUGAUGAAAUAAUAUCAUAUAUUUUAUGUUGCUUUUCGUAUCUGAUUUAUCAAUGAACAAUUAUGUACAAAAAUACAAUUGGUGAUUGAAAUCAAGCUGGAUAAGAAGAGAGCAAAUAGGUAGGUAAGCAAGGGGAAUUCUUCCAUACUCUAGCAUGCAAUUUCAGCACCUCUCUUGCCUUCUCUUUUGUUUUAUAUCCACAAUCCAUUUGAAGUACCAAG